AUGAGACCCACGCUUGGAGCCGCAAACACCACUGGUGUAGUCCCAUACAGCUCCAAUUGGGAUACUGUCGGUGGAUUUGCCCGUACGGCAGCCGAAUUCAAGAGCCUCGCACAAGCUCUAUACGGCUCAGCAGAGACUGAAGGAAAAAUACACGAGAAGCCGAACAAGCUAAUCUGCUUGACUGACUACUGGCCUAUUAAUCAUGAAGAAAGCCAGCGAGUCAUGGAGAAUUUUGUCAUGCGUGUUGAAAACUUUCUCAGAGUAAAUCGUACGAACAUCAAUCUCGCAGAGACGUGGAAAAGAACUCGCCCAGAAGGAACAGACGAAUCCAUUAGCAAAUAUUUCCAUCACGCCUUCGACUGGUCGGCCAACCUUGACCAGUGGACAGGACUUCUCCAGCCUUUCAUCACGGAAUACACGGAUAAGAUGGGCAAGCCGCCCAUUCUCAAUCCACAGGUUCGAUUCAAAGUGGGCUAUACACCGACGGUAACAGCAUAG